AGAUGGUGGCGACGCGCAGGCAGACGAAGAAGGCUAACCCGCACUACGAGUUCGGCGGCCCCAUCGGGGCGCUGGGCAUCGUGCUCGGCCUCCCCGCGGUGUGCUACGGCCUCGUGUUGACGUGCAACGAGCGACACUGCGUGUCCCUUGAUUACGACUCCAUCGCGGGGAUCCCGUCCCUCACGCUCCCCUCGGGCACCGUCCUGUUCAGCCCGGAGGCGUGCGCGGUGUUCCUCGGUUGGAUGGCGUGGUGCGUCGUCCUUCAUCUGAUACUCCCGGGCGUCGAGAAACAGGGCGUCAAGCUGGCCAACGGCAAGAGGCUGACCUACAAGCUCAACGGGAUGAGCGUGUUCGUCGUCACCCUGGGCGUCGUGGCGCACGGGGUGCACCAGGGGUGGCUCGAUCUCGGCUGGGUGCACGACAACUUCCUCGCGCUCCUCACCGCGGGCGUGGCAUUCGCCUACGCCAUGUCCCUCGCGCUCUAUCUCAACUCCUUCGGUAAGGGCGAGGAGAAGGGCGGGAAGAAGCUCCUCGCCAAGGGGGGCGACACGGGCAACCCGUUGUACGAUUUCUUCAUCGGCCGCGAGCUCAACCCGCGCGUCGGCUCCUUCGACCUGAAGGUGUUCUGCGAGCUCGUGCCGGGUCUCAUCGGCUGGCUCCUGCUGGACCUCGGGUUCGCGCACAAGCAGUACGCGACGACGGGCGCCGUGUCCCCCGCCAUGGCCCUCGUGUGCGCGUUUCAGGCCUUAUACGUGGCUGACGCGCUCUGGUUCGAGCCCGCCAUCCUGACCACCAUGGACGUCACCACCGACGGGUUCGGGUUCAUGCUGGUGUUCGGCGACCUCGUGUGGGUGCCGUUCACGUACUCGCUGCAGGCGAGGUACGUCCUGGAGCGUCCCGUGGCGUUGACCCCUGCGUUUUUAGCGCUCAUCCUCUGCGUCAAGGCUCUCGGUUACGCCAUCUUCCGCGGGAGCAACCUCCAGAAGAACUGGUUCCGAAACGACCCGAACGACCCGAGGGUGGCGCACCUGACGUACCUGCCCACGAAGCGGGGCACCAGGCUGAUCACCAGCGGGUGGUGGGGCAUCGCGCGGCACGUCAACUACCUGGGCGACUGGCUCAUGGCGUGGGCCUGGUGCCUGCCGUGCGGGUUCGCUCACCUCGUGCCUUACUUUUACGUCAUCUACUUCGGCAUCCUGCUCGUGCACAGGGACAUGCGGGACGGCGAGGCGUGCCAGGAGAAGUACGGGAAGGACUGGGACAAGUACUGCGCCGUCGUCAAGUACAGGCUGAUCCCUUACGUGUAUUAGGCAUCCGCCGCGGUUGGGGGCGUCGGGGCUAUACAAUUUAGACCGUCGAUUGUUGAGUCGUAGACUGGAAACGUGUUGACCAAUGGGAGCG